AUGGUUGCCCAGGAUACUACUCAGCUUCACCAUCGGCUGGAAGAAAUGAACCAGCGAUGGUUAACACUAAUGACCACUUCCAUGGAAAUCAGAGGACGGCUGGAAAGUAAUGCAGAACAGUGGACGCACUUAUUACUGCAGCUGCAAGAACUUAUUGAAUGGAUUAACCAUCGUCAGCGUACCAUUGCCUUGCAGCAACCAGUUGGAGGUGAUCUGCAAACAGUCCAACAGCAAAAUGAAGAAAACCAAAGGUUAAGAGAUCAGUUGGAUUUGAAACGCCCAGUAGUAGAGCAGAGUUUAGAAGCUGGACGGUAUUACCUACGGGAGGAAGGGGAAGACCGCCGACUUAGUACUGAUAGUGCUGAAAGUGCAGAAUUUGAAGCUGAAGGAAUAACUGCUGCAGACAUGUCACCUGAAAGAGAAGCCCAUUACCUCAUUAGGAAAAUUAGACGACAGGUGCGCUUACUUAAUCGAAAAUGGGCUGAAAUCAAUCAAAGCUGCAAUGAGUGGCAGUCUCAAAUUGAUGAAGUGCUUGAGAAGAUGACAGUGUUUCAUGAAGCAAUGGAUUACCUGGAUGAACAACUUCAAGAAUCUGAAGAUGAAAAGUCUAAGUGGAAGCCAGUUGGUGAUGUGAUCAUUGAAAACUUACAAGAUGAGAUUGACCUCACAAAGGCCUUCCAGCAAAGGAUUGCUCCACUUCAGGGUCAAGUAGACAAUGUCAAUGAUCAGGCAAACCAACUUCAGGCAUCUGAGGUGGUGCUUUCUUCCAGGAAUAUACAGCAAUUAGAAGACUUUAAUACAAGGUGGAAAGCCUUGCAGUUGGCUAUUGAGGAUCGAUUAAAACAGUUACAAGAUGCCUUGCGAGAUUUUGGGCCUAAUUCUCAACACUUUCUCACAAUUUCUGUGGAAAUUCCCUGGGAGAGAUCUGUAGCUGUAAAUAAAGUGCCUUAUUAUAUCAACCACGCUACAGAAACAACUCACUGGGACCAUCCAAAGAUGACAGAGCUCCUUAAUGUUUUAGCUGACUUUAACAAUAUUCGUUUUGCUGCCUACCGCACUGCCAUGAAACUGCGACUCUUACAAAAAAAGCUAUGCAUGGAUCUUUUGGAAAUGAGUAUGGCAGUGGAUUCAUUUGAUCAGCAUAGUCUAAAGGAGGACAAUGACAAGUUAAUUGAUGUUAUUGAAAUCAUCAAUUGUUUGAAUUCAAUGUAUGAAAGAAUUCAUGAUAUACAUCCUGAUUUGGUCAAUGUCCCUGUGUGUGUUGAUCUCAGCCUCAACUGGCUGCUCAAUGCCUAUGAUGUAGCACGAACUGGGAAAAUGCGUGUUUUGUCUUUCAAAAUUGGAGUGAUUUUGCUAACAAAAGCACAUUUAGAGGACAAAUAUCGUUAUUUAUUCCGUUUGAUUGCUGAUGCAAAUGGCUUUGCUGACCAACGGAAACUUGGACUCCUCAUUCAUGACUGUAUACAAAUUCCUCGUCAGCUAGGAGAAAUUGCAUCUUUUGGAGGAAGCAACAUUGAACCUAGUGUCCGCAGUUGUUUCGAAAAGGCUGGUGGCCGUCCAGAAAUCCAAGCCACUCAGUUUGUUGACUGGAUGCGCCUCGAACCCCAGUCUAUGGUGUGGUUACCUGUUUUACAUCGGUUAGCAGCAGCUGAGACAGCCAAACACCAAGCCAAAUGUAAUAUAUGUAAAGAUUUUCCUAUCAUUGGCUUUAGGUAUCGCUGUCUAAAAUGCUUCAACUUCGAUGUUUGCCAAAAUUGCUUCUUCUCAGGGCGGAAGGUUAAAAGCCAUAAACUAAGCCAUCAUAUGCAAGAAUAUUGUACUUCAACAACAUCAGGAGAAGAUAUUCGAGAUUUUACAAAAGUAUUGAAGAACAAAUUUAAAUCCAAGAGAUAUUUCAAAAAGCACCCACGGUUGGGUUAUCUUCCUGUACAGACAGUAUUAGAGGGUGACAAUUUAGAAAGUACACACCCCUCCCCCCAGCACAGUAUCUCUCAGGAUAUGCAUUCUCGACUCGAGCUCUAUGCAAACAGAUUAGCUGAAGUUGAGCAAAGACAAGGAUAUUCAACUCCUGAUUCCUCAAGUAUAAGAAUACCUCCAUCUUUAGAAGAUGAGCAUCACCUUAUAGCACAAUAUUGUCAAAGUCUUAAUGGUGAUACAUCUUCAAAUGUGUUAAAGAGCCCUAUGCAAAUUAUGAUGGCUGUAGAUGCUGAGCAACGGUCAGAACUUGAAGCCAUGAUUAAAGAUUUGGAAGAAGAAAACAAAAAUCUCCAGGCAGAAUAUGACCGGUUGUGCCAGGCUCAUAAUUCAAGGGAAAGCAGUCAACCACGGUCAGAUGAAGAAGCUGCUGCUAAUCGAGAUGCUGAGAUGGUUGCUGAAGCUAAAUUACUAAGACAGCAUAAAGGCAGACUUGAAGCUCGAAUGCGCAUUCUAGAAGAUCACAAUAGGCAACUGGAAGCCCAACUGCAGAGGUUAAGACAACUCUUAGAUCAGCCGCCACCUGACCGUAGUACAGUCUCUAUCAAUUCAUCUCGAACAUCACCUCUGACAACUCCAUCUUCAUCAGUCAGUUCCCUCCCAUGUGGUCCUGUACGUUAUCGUUUCACUCCUCAGAUGGAACAAACAACUCCAAUGUCAAAUGGACGAGACCAUUCUUCUGAAGGGCCAAGACAUAAAAAAGAAGAUGAGCCUGUUCUUGAAGUCCCCAGUCCGCCCAAUUAUGAACCACGAUCUUCUAAUAGCGUGGGCAAUCUCUUUCACAUGGCUGGCCAAGUAGGCAAGGCUGUAGGUACCCUGGUGACAGUUAUGACUGAUGAAGAUGAAAAUGGAGUGGAAGAUGAAUCAAAAAAUUAA